ACUGUGUUUUACUCUGUCCCCGCCCUCGGGCGGACCCCCCUCUGCGUUUUUUUCGAUACCGCCGAUACCUCACCUCACAUCCCACUGCCGGCUCUCAAUCAGUCGACUUUUCCGUGCCGUCCGCUAGUUUUCCUCACACACGCGGCGGCCAUCUUUGUCCUCGCAUAUCGCGAGACUGCGGCAGCCAUCUUUGAUUGCCCGCGAGCGCAUUUUCACACGGCGAUUAUUCCCCCUUGCCACACAGUUCGGAAGAAUCAUUUUCCUUCAUCCAAUACUACAGAG